AUGGCGGACGCCGUCGAACGUUAUCGACGUUAUGACCGUUACACACCAGGAAAAAAGACGACUGUCCUGUCAAACGAGACUAGGAAAGAGAUGGUGAAGCAGGCUAAAGCCACCAAGGAUGAGCGCAGGGCUCAGCUCGAUGCCCGCCACCGGUACCUCAUAUCGCUGCUGUCACAUGGCAUCGGCCUGACCGAGGCGGACGUGGAGGAGUUCAUUGUGUCAGAUGACAAGUUUGGUGCUAUUGAGGACUUCUUUGCAGCAAAUGGAACCAAGAAGAUGACCUUCUUCUACCAGGAAAUCAGCCAGGGAAAUUCAAGAAAGCAGAGCGUUCCUUCAUGGGUGGAGAGCUCCAGUUCAUCUCCAAAUCAGAAGAAGUUGUUCAUUUCCACCGGUGGUGAAGAGGAGCUAACUGGACUUUGUGCCUUUUUUCUGAGGACGAUGGAGAAAAGCAUAACACCUCAGAAUAUACUACAGGAGGUCUACUUUGGAAUCCUCAACUGCUCCGGGGGAUCUUUGCUUCACAGCCUGGAGGAAUUUCUGUCUCACAUCAUGGUUCCUGCUUUGAAAUCGCAAGAGAACUGGGGAGCUGUGAAAGAAGGGCCGAAAAACAUGCAGAUCCAGGAGUUCUUCAGCUCUGUGGAGAAGUUUACGGGCAGCUUGGCUUCUGCAAGGGAGAACAUUGAAGAAAAAUUUCAGCUUCAGACUUACGACACGGGGUACAAUCUUGAAACUCUGCAGAACCCUUCUGAUUACAUGGCAGCAGCCAGUAAUAGUGAAAUGGUGGAUAAGCUAGAGGGGCUACUAUUGCAAUGGGCAAAGCAAAUCGAGCAAGUCCUGACAGAGAGCGAACAAAUGAGGAAAGAAGCAGAUGACAUCGGGCCAUCGGCCGAGCUUGAGCACUGGAAGAAAAGAAUGGCGACUUUUAACAGUCUUCUAGAUGAAAUCAAAAGCCCUCAUGUGAAAAAAGUUGUGGGGGUCCUGCAAGUGGCAAAAUCGCGCACCCUGAAACACUGGAAACAACUGGAUAUCAGCAUUACAAGCGCUGCAAAUGAAGCCAAGGACAACGUCAAGUAUCUUUACACCUUGGACAGGUUCUUUGGGCCUCUUGGGAAAUGUACACCUACCUCGAUGUUGGAGCACAUUCCGAGUCUAAUCAACAGCAUUCGGAUGAUCUACAGCAUAUCCCAGUACUACAACACUUCAGAGCGCAUGACCUCUCUCUUUGUGAAAAUCACCAACCAGAUGAUUAGUACCUGCAAAGCGUAUCUCUACCAAGGGGUCAACAAAAUAUGGGAACAUGACAGAAAUGAACUACUCAAGAGGAUUCAGGAUUGCACCCAACUGAACAAGGAAUACCAAGAGACGUUCCAUCGGGUAAAGGAAAAGCUGAGAGAAAGUCAGAACGAGCGACAAUUUGAAUUCAGUGAAAACUACAUUUUUGGGAAAUUCGACACUUUCUGCAAGCGCCUGGAGAAGAUUGCAUACAUGAUUAAUACCAUCGAGAACCUUUCAGACCUGCAAAACGUCAAGCUGGAAGGAAUCGAGAAGAUCUGCAUUCGAUACCAGACUAUUGUGACCACCACAAAGUCCAAGAACUAUGACGUGCUGGACCUCCGAAAGCCAGAGUUUGACAACGAUUACACUGAAUUUCAAUACCAGAUUCAAAGCCUGUAUCAGUCGCUGCAGUCCUAUGUGGAUUCCUGGUUUGAGCAGCCAUUAACGACGGAGAGAAUGCUUGAACUCCUUGCGAAGUUUGAAAGGAUUGCCGGAGAUCAGCUCGAUCUAACUGAAAAAUACCUCAUGGUGCUGCAGCGCUACGGCCGGGAUCUCGAGCUUGUUCGCAAACUGUACCAGAAGCAGAAGGACAACCCGCCGACCCCCCGCAACAUCCCUCCGGUUGCUGGAAAGAUAAUGUGGGCCAGACAGCUGUUUAGAAAGAUCGAUGGUCCGAUGAAGAUUUUAAAACACAAACCUGACAUUUUGAAGGUUGCAGAAAUGAAGAAGAUCAUUCGAAACUACAACAAAGUGGCUGCCGUCUUGCUGGAGUUUGAACUCCUGUAUCACCGUGGCUGGUGCCAGGCUGUGGAGCUUGGGCGCCAGGGCCUUAAUGUCUCUUUACUUGUCAGGCAUCAUGAGACUCGGGAACUUUUUGUUAAUUUUGACCCAAUUAUUCUUCGUGUGCUCUAUGAAGCCAAGUACUUGUACAAAAUGGGCCUUGAGGUGCCCGAGUUGGUGGUCAGCAUGUGCUCACACGAAGAGCAAAUCAAAGACCUGCACAUCAAACUGCAGGAGAUGCUCAACCACUACCAAAGCGUGCUGAAUAGAAUCCCGAGUAUGGUUCACCCCCUGAUGCAGCCCUUUGUGGCCCGAGUGGAAGAAGCGCUUUCUCCAGGCCUCACCAUGCUGUCAUGGAGCUCACUAAACACGGACAAAUUCAUCGAAAAUGUGUACAGCUGUCUGCAGGAACUGGAGCAGAUAGUAAAAGAAAUGAGUGACAUCCUGGAGUGUCGAAUUGACAACGUCUUCCAAGCAAUGUCCUCGACUGUCUUGCUGGAUCUGCCUGAAGAUGAGCCCAUGGAAAUGCACGCUUUUUAUGAAAUGACAGAGAAGGUGGUGGCUUUGGCGGCGGAAACACUUGCUACACAAAGUCAACAGGUGGAGAGAUCCAUGCUUGAGAUGAUUAACAAUCUUAAAAACAGAAUGAAACCAGACGACAAGGUCAACCUGCAGGACUCUUAUCAGUGCCUGCACCCUGACACCAAACAGAAGACCCGCUGUCAGGAGUGUCUGCCCUGCUGUUUUUACAACAUGAUGGGGCAGCUCUGUCAGAAGAACACAGAUGCUUUCGUUAAAUCCACCAAACUCUCCCUGGAUGCCCUGAAGCGUCGCCUUCAUGUUGUCAGUUCGAAGUACCUGGCAGCCUCCCCAUCCAUGAAGAUGUCCAUUCAGCCUCCUCUCUUCCAAGCUUCAAUUCAGCUGGUGAUCCCCAAUGUCGUCAUGCGACCAAGUCUGGAGGAAAUUCAGAAUACAAUUAAUAAGGCCGUUGUCACUAUGUUGACCAUGGCAAAGAACAUUCCACUGUGGACAUUUGCCCAUUUACAUCAUAAACAGCUCCAGAUCGAGCAGAAUGCAGCACGAGAUCUGGGGGAUGACAGCAAACUCACUAAGCAGAUUGUGUUGAAGACCCUCGAUAAACAGCUGAGUGAGCACAAAGACAUCAGUAAAGUCGUCAUCCAGCUCAACUCCAUCGUCUCCUCACUCAAAGCCGAUGCUGUUGACGUCUUGGACAACUUCUCCCAGUUCUCCAGUUUGUGGAAUCAGGAACCGAAUGACAAGGUGAAGGAGUUUGUGCAGACCAACCCGUCCCUGUCUGAGUUCAGCGCCCACAUUUCCUCCUACACGAAACUGGAGACUCAGAUCAACGACCUGCCUCAAUUUUACACUCUCGGGUCCGUGCAACUUCAAACGGAGCCACUGAAGCUGGCGCUGACCCAGGAGUGCCGCCACUGGAAGAGAGCUUUUGGGGUCUCCUUGAACAAGAAGGCCUCCAGCGACAUGGAGGAGAUCUACACCUUCAUUGACGCGCUCAGUAAAAGGCUCCACCGGCCCAUCAAAGACCUUGAGGAUGUCCGUGAUGCCAUGGCUGCCUUGAGGGAAAUUCGAGAUGCUGAGAUUCGAAUUGACAUGACCAUCACUCCUGUUGAAGAGUCCUAUUCACUGCUCAACAAGCACGAGCUGCUGUUUCAAGAUGGCAACACGGAGAGGGUGGACGGCUUAGCUUACGCCUGGAAGAACCUCAAUGCUCAGGUUUUGCAAUCUCAGAAUUUUCUAGUCAAAAUCCAGCCUUCCAUGAAAGCUGACCUGCUUGCUGGGGUUCAGAGUUUCCAGACCGAAGUCCAGUCCUUUUAUACUGGUUACGAUCAAAGAGGUCCAGGUGUAGAAGGCAUACCUCCUCGGGAAGCCAGUGACCGGCUACAAAUCUUUCAAACUCAAUUUGAUGAACUUUGGAGAAAAUAUGUCACUUAUUCUGGUGGAGAAGAACUCUUUGGCCUUCCUGUUAAAGAAUACUCAGACCUCCAGCGGAUUAAGCGGGAGCUCGCCCUGCUGCAGAAACUUUACAGCCUUUACAAUUCAGUUAUCGAAAGUGUUAAUGGAUACUACGACAUACUGUGGAGUGAUCUGGAAAUUGACAAAAUCAACAAUGAACUUACAGAUUUUCAAAAUCGAAUACGCAAACUUCCCAAGGCACUGAAGGAAUGGCAAGCAUUUAACGACCUUAAAAAGACGAUCGAUGAUUUCAGUGAGACCUGUCCUCUCCUGGAAAUGAUGGCAAACAAGGCGAUGAUGGCAAGGCACUGGGAACGAAUUUCCCAAUUCACCGGCUAUGUCUUUGAUGUGGAGUCUGAACACUUUGCCCUAAGGAACAUCAUGGAGGCACCCCUGUUAAAGUAUAAGGAGGACAUUGAGGAUAUCUGCAUCAGUGCUGUUAAGGAGAAAGACAUCGAGGCCAAGCUAAAGGGCGUCAUCAACGAGUGGAGCGCCCACGUGUUUACUUUCGCGCAGUUUAAAACGAGAGGGGAGUUACUUCUGAAAGGAUCUGACACGAGCGAAAAGGUCUCCUUGAUGGAGGACAGUCUGAUGGUUCUGGCAUCCCUCAUGAGUAACAGGUAUAAUGCGCCCUUUAAACCCACAAUUCAGCAGUGGGUCCAAAAGCUCUCUAACACCACAGAGAUUAUCGAGAACUGGCUGACUGUUCAGAACCUCUGGAUCUAUCUGGAAGCCGUGUUUGUUGGAGGGGACAUUGCAAAACAGCUUCCGCAGGAAGCCAAAAGAUUCCAGAACAUCGACAAAUCCUGGCAAAAAAUAAUGCAGCGAGCCCACGAGAUCCCAAACAUCGUUCAUUGCUGCGUGGGUGAUGAAACUCUUGCUCAGCUCCUGCCUCACUUGCUGGAACAACUGGAGAUGUGUCAGAAAUCGCUGACCGGCUACCUGGAGAAGAAGAGGCUCGUCUUCCCGAGGUUCUUCUUUGUGUCAGAUCCUGCUCUUUUGGAAAUUCUUGGUCAGGCGUCUGACUCCCAUACCAUCCAGGCACACCUGCUGAGUCUUUUUGAUAACGUGAAUCGAGUGGGAUUUCACGACAAGAACUACGACCAAAUUCUCAACUUUCAGUCCCAGGAAGGCGAGAUUGUCAACUUCACAGAACCCAUAAUGGCACAGGGGAAUGUGGAAGCCUGGCUGGGCCUUGUCCUGGAUGGAGUCAAAAAAACGAUCCACAGUAUCAUCAAGCAGGCCUACUUGGCCAUCAGUGACCCCGGAAUGAAGCUCUAUGAAUUCCAGGCCAUGUUUCCUGCUCAGAUUGGACUGCUGGGCAUUCAAAUGAUUUGGACCAGAGACUCGGAGGAGGCGCUGAUGAAUGCCAAGGUUGAUAAAAAGGUGAUGCAAACCACCAAUCAGAAGUUCUUGGACAUUCUCAACGAUUUGAUUGACAUGACCACCCAAGAUCUGACAAAAAUGGACCGGACAAAAUACGAAACUCUCAUCACUAUUCAUGUGCACCAGAAGGACAUAUUUGAUGAUUUGGUUCGAAUGAACAUCAGGUCCACGUCAGAUUUUGAAUGGCAGAAGCAAUCCCGAUUUUACUUCAUCGAAGAUCUCGAUAAAUGUGCCAUUCAGAUCACCGAUGUUGAGUUCACCUACUGUAAUGAGUAUCUGGGCUGCACUGACAGACUGGUUAUAACUCCGUUAACUGACAGGUGUUACAUCACAUUGGCCCAGGCCCUCGGGAUGAGUAUGGGCGGAGCUCCAGCAGGACCAGCUGGGACUGGCAAGACAGAAACAACCAAAGACAUGGGGAGAUGCCUGGGAAAGUACGUGGUCGUGUUCAACUGCUCCGAUCAGAUGGAUUACCGGGGGCUCGGCCGCAUUUACAAAGGUCUGGCACAGGCUGGCGCUUGGGGUUGCUUUGAUGAGUUCAAUCGUAUCGAGCUCCCCGUGCUGUCGGUGGCCGCUCAGCAGAUCUACAUUGUGCUGCAGUGCAAGAAGAACAAGAAACCGCAGUUCAUCUUCACUGAUGGAGAUGUGGUGGACAUGGACAGAGAGUUUGGAAUUUUCCUCACAAUGAAUCCAGGAUAUGCCGGUCGCCAGGAGCUCCCAGAGAACCUGAAGAUUCAGUUCCGCACCGUUGCCAUGAUGGUGCCCGACCGAGCCAUUAUCAUGAGGGUAAAGCUGGCCAGCGCUGGAUUCCGUGACAAUCUGAUUCUCAGCCGCAAGUUCUACACCUUGUACAAACUCUGUGAGGAGCAGCUCUCAAAGCAGGAUUUAUUUAACUUUGUCUCCACUGCGGUGACCCCCAAAAUGCAGAUCCUAGAAUGCAUGUACAUCAAGCAAGCCAUCGAGCUUCUGCAGGGUUUGUUGCCAGCAGCUGAAGAGAAACAGCCCUCUGCAGAACACGUGGGAAGACUCUUUAUUUUUGCGAUCAUGUGGUCCAUCGGAGCCCUUCUGGAGUUAGAAGACAGAGUUAAAAUGGAGAAUUUUCUCAGAAGCCAUACUGCCAAGCUGGAGUUGCCCGUGACCACAGGCGAACAGACCAUCUUUGAGUUUGUGGUUAAUGAGAGCGGCCAGUGGGACCACUGGUCUAAGAAGGUUCCAGAGUACAUCUAUCCCAAAGAUUCUAUUCCAGAGUACGCCUCCAUCCUGGUGCCCAACGUUGACAAUGUCCGCACUGACUUCCUAAUGCACACGAUAAUGAAGCAGGGUAAAGCCGUACUGCUUAUUGGUGAGCAGGGCACUGCAAAGACCGUGAUGAUUAAGGGCUACAUGAGUAAAUAUGAUCCUGAAGUCCACUUGACUAAAAGCCUUAACUUCUCUUCUGCCACCUUACCCAACAUGUUCCAGAGAAGCAUCGAGAGUUACAUCGACAAAAGAAUGGGAACAACUUACGGUCCUCCCGCCGGGAAGAAAAUGACCGUGUUUGUGGAUGACAUCAACAUGCCGGUGAUCAACGAAUGGGGAGAUCAGAUAACCAACGAAAUCGUCCGGCAGCUGAUGGAGCAGAAAGGCUUUUACAACCUGGACAAGCCUGGUGAGUUCACCGGGAUCGUGGACAUCCAGUUUGCCGCUGCCAUGAUUCACCCUGGCGGCGGUAGAAAUGACAUCCCCCAGCGACUGAAGCGUCAGUUUACCGUCUACAACUGCACGUUACCGUCCAACUCCUCCAUCGACAAGAUUUUCAGCACCAUCGCCGAAGGCUACUUUUGUGAGCAGCGUGGAUUUCCUAAGGAGGUGUGCAACUUGGCUGCUGCUCUGGUCCCGUCUACUCGCAGAAUAUGGCAGGCAACCAAAAUAAAGAUGCUGCCAACGCCAGCCAAAUUCCACUACAUCUUUAACUUGCGAGACCUGAGUCGGAUCUGGCAAGGCAUCCUCAAAGUCACUUCAGAAGUCUGCCAGACUACGGACGUGUUGGUUGCUCUUUUCCUUCACGAGUGUUCUCGGGUGAUCGCCGACAGGUUCACCAAUCACAAGGACAAGGAGUGGUUCGAGCAGUGCAUGCAGAAGAUAUCAGCCGAAGACCACGGGCCAAACAUCAUAGACACGGCUCCAAAGGAGGCAUACUUUGUCGAUUUCUUACGGGAUGCUCCUGAAGCCACCGGAGACGAACCAGAGGAUGCUGAGCUGGAGGCUCCCAAGAUCUACGAGCCCAUUCCGUCUUUCGAGAAGCUGUCGGAACGUCUGGAGAUGUUCAUGCAGCAGUACAAUGAGGCCAUCAGAGGAACGCACAUGGACCUCGUGUGCUUUAAGGACGCCAUGGUCCACUUGGUGAAGAUCUCUCGUGUCAUCCGCACCCCACAAGGAAACGCUCUGCUGGUCGGAGUCGGCGGGUCUGGAAAGCAAAGUUUGACCAGACUGGCCUCGUUCAUCGCUGGAUAUCAAAGUUUCCAAAUCACUCUCACGCGAACUUACAACACUGGCAAUCUCAUGGAUGAUCUUAAGCAGCUCUAUCGGACAGCAGGCCAGAAAGGCAAAGGCAUCACUUUCAUCUUCACGGACAAUGAAAUUAAAGACGAGUCUUUCUUGGAGUAUAUGAACAACGUGCUGGCCUCCGGUGAGGUGUCCAACCUGUUUGCCCGUGACGAGGUGGACGAGAUCACUCAAGACCUUAUCGCAGUAAUGAAGAAGGAAUAUCCUCGACGAGUCCCCACGCCGGAGAAUCUCUACGACUAUUUUCUGUCACGGGUUCGCAGCAAUCUCCACGUUGUCCUCUGUUUCUCACCUGUGGGAGAGAAGUUUCGCACCCGUGCUCUGAAGUUCCCCGGGCUCAUUUCCGGUUGCACCAUGGACUGGUUUCAGCGAUGGCCUAAGGAUGCUCUGGUGGCUGUGGCCCAACACUUUCUGAGCUCUUAUAAAAUCGAGUGUUCAGACGAAGUGAAGCAAAAUGUGGUGAACACCAUGGGAACCUUCCAGGAUCUGGUGGCGGAAAAGUGCGUGGAAUACUUUGAGCGGUACCGCCGUCAGACGUACGUGACGCCCAAGUCAUACCUGUCCUUCAUAGGUGGCUACAAAAUCAUCUACAGUGAGAAGAUUGCUUAUGUGGGGAUGCUCGCCGAACGCAUGAGGACAGGUCUGGCCAAGCUAAUGGAGGCUGAAGUAUCCGUGAAUCAGCUCUCCAAGGAGCUGGCGGUGAAGGAGGCUGACCUUGCCGUUGCAUCCAAAAAAGCGGAUGGGGUCCUGCAGGAGGUGACGGUGAAAGCCCAAGCAGCAGAGGCUGUAAAAUCGCAAGUGCAGAAAGUGAAGGACAAAGCCCAGGCCAUCGUGGAUGAGAUCGAGGCAGAUAAGGCCGUGGCAGAGGGGAAGCUGGAGGCAGCAAGGCCAGCGUUGGAGUUGGCAGAGGCGGCCCUGCAGACCAUCAAACCUGCAGAUAUUGCCACUGUGAGGAAACUCGGAAAGCCCCCCCAUCUGAUCAUGCGCAUCAUGGACUGCGUGCUGCUGCUGUUUCAGAGGAGAGUCGACACGGUCACCAUGGACCCUGAGCGGCCCUGUAACAAACCGUCCUGGGCAGAGGCCUUGAAGCUGAUGAAUAACUCGGGGUUCCUCAAUAUGUUACUUACUUUUCAAAAGGAUACUAUUACCGAGGAAGUCGUGGAACUGCUCACCCCCUACCUGGAGAUGGAGGAUUACAACUUAGAAACUGCAAAGAAAGUCUGCGGCAAUGUGGCGGGUCUCUGCUCAUGGACUCAAGCAAUGGCGUACUUCUUUGGGAUUAACAAAGAAGUCCUCCCUCUUAAGGCAAACCUGAAGCUGCAGGAGGCGAGGCUGACGGUAGCCCAGACAGAGCUUAGCAAUGCCCAGAUGCAGCUGGACGAGAAGCAGAAAGAGCUGGAUGAGGUGCAAGCCAUGUACAACGCCGCCAUGAGUGAAAAGCAGACCCUCCUGGACGACGCCGAAGCCUGCCGCAAGAAGAUGAGCAACGCCACGGCUCUCAUCGAAGGUCUGGGCGGGGAGAAGGUUCGAUGGACACAAAGCAGUAAGCUUUUCCAAAGUCAGAUCAACCGCUUGGUGGGCGAUGUUCUUCUGGCCACCGGAUUCCUUUCCUAUUCCGGGCCUUUCAACCAGGAGUACAGAAAUCUUCUGCUGAAACUUUGGAAGAAGGAGAUGAGCACCAACAGGAUCCCCUAUAGUGAUGACCUCAACCUCAUUAACAUGCUGGUGGACAACGCGACCAUUGGGGAGUGGAAUCUGCAGGGUCUUCCUAACGAUGACCUCUCCAUUCAGAACGGCAUCAUUGUGACCAAAGCAUCUCGGUAUCCACUGCUGAUUGAUCCUCAGGGUCAGGGCAAGAUCUGGAUUAAGAGCAGAGAGAAGAACAACGACCUGCAGGUGACGUCUUUGAAUCAUAAAUACUUCAGAUCCCACCUGGAGGACACUCUGUCUCUUGGGAGACCCCUGCUCAUUGAGGAUGUUGGAGAAGAACUCGAUCCUGCUCUCGAUAACGUCUUGGAAAAGAACUUCAUUAAAUCGGGAUCUACUUUCAAGGUAAAAGUUGGUGAUAAAGAAAUUGAUGUCAUGAAAGGCUUCACGCUCUACAUCACCACCAAGUUGGCCAACCCUGCCUACACCCCAGAGAUCAGUGCCAAGACGGCGGUCAUCGACUUCACAGUGACAAUGAAAGGCCUUGAGGACCAACUGCUUGGCCGGGUGAUUCAAACUGAGAAGCAGGAACUGGAAGCAGACAGAGUGAAACUUCUGGAAGAAGUAACCUUAAACAAAAGGAAGAUGCAGGAGCUGGAAGACAACCUCUUGUAUCGCCUCACGAGCACCCAGGGCUCGUUAGUAGAGGACGAUUCGCUGAUUGAAGUUCUGCGCAUCACGAAAUCCACGGCUGAAGAGGUCAGUGAGAAGUUAAAUGUAGCUGCAGAGACAGAAAUCAAGAUCAACAGCGCCAGAGAAGAGUACCGUCCCGUAGCAACCCGAGGCAGCAUUCUCUACUUCCUGAUUGUGGAAAUGAGCUUGGUGAACGUGAUGUACCAGACGUCUCUCAGACAGUUCCUAGGCUUGUUUGACAUCUCCAUGGAAAAAUCUGUGAAGUCCCAGAUCACCUCCAAGAGGAUCGCUAACAUCAUCGAGUACCUGACGUACGAAGUGUUCAAGUACACGGCCCGGGGGCUUUACGAAGAUCACAAGUUUCUCUUCACGCUGCUGAUGGCCUUGAAAAUAGACCUGCAAGCAAAGAAGAUUUCCCACGAUGAGUUUCAGACGCUAAUCAAAGGAGGUGCAUCUCUGGACCUCAACUCUGUUGAGCCCAAGCCCAAGAAGUGGAUUUUGGACAUGACGUGGCUCAAUCUGGUGCAGCUCUCUCAUAUUUAUCCCUUCACUCAGCUCCUCUCCAAUGUGGCCAAGAAUGAUAAAGGAUGGAAGCAGUGGUUUGAUGAAGAGGCCCCAGAAGAAGCCACCAUUCCCGACGGCUAUGACAAUCAGCUUGAUACUUUCCGGAAGUUGCUGCUCAUUCGCAGUUGGAGUCCAGACAGAACAAUUGCACAGGCUCGCCACUACAUUGCAGAGUCUCUUGGGACGAGAUACGCAGAAGGUGUCAUUUUAGACAUGGAUGGCAUGUGGGCAGAGAGUGACAGCCAGACCCCAAUGAUCUGCUUCCUGUCGAUGGGCUCGGAUCCAACAGAAAACAUUGAGCGUCUCGCUAAAACAAAGAACACUCCAUGCCGCGCCAUUUCAAUGGGCCAGGGGCAGGAGGUCCACGCCAGGCGCCUGCUAAAUCAGAGCAUGCAGGACGGGGGCUGGCUUCUGCUGCAGAACUGCCAUCUGGGCUUGGAUUUCUUAGACGAACUCCUGGACACCAUCACCACCGCCGAGACCAUGCAUGAGGGCUGCCGCACCUGGAUCACCACCGAGGUGCACCCCAAAUUCCCAAUCAACCUGCUGCAGUCCUCCAUCAAAUUUACUAAUGAACCGCCUCAAGGUGUCAAAGCCGGCUUGAAGCGGACCUACACCAGCAUUAGCCAGGAGCUCCUGGAUAUCAGCAACAUGCCGCAGUGGAAACCUCUGCUGUACAGCGUGGCCUUCCUGCAUACAACAGUGCAGGAGAGACGAAAGUUUGGUCCCCUGGGCUGGAAUAUUCCUUAUGAAUUCAACCAAGCAGACUUCACUGCUAGUGUGCAGUUCGUUCAGAAUCACCUGGAUGAGAUGGACAUCAAGCGGGGCGUCAACUGGAGCUGUGUUCGCUAUAUGCUGGGAGAGGUGCAGUACGGUGGCCGUGUCACGGAUGAUCUCGAUAAGCACUUGCUCAACACCUUCUCCCGAGUCUGGUUUGGGGAGAACACCUUCUCUGACAAAUUCUGUUUCUACAAGGGCUACGCCAUUCCUAAAGGCAAAACGAUCCAAGACUACCUACAGCACAUCGAGCUGCUGCCUCUUGUCGACACCCCAGAGGUGUUUGGACUUCACCCAAAUGCCGAUAUCACGUACCAAACCAACAUGGCCAAUGAGACGCUGAGCACAAUUGUCAACAUUCAGCCCAAAGACAGCGGAGGUGGAGGAGGUGAAACCAGAGAGGCCACCGUUCAGCGAUUAGCCGAUGAGAUGCUGGAAAAGCUGCCGCCGGACUACGUGCCAUAUGAGGUGAAAGCCCGUCUCCAGAAAAUGGGUCCCAUUCAACCCAUGAAUAUUUUCUUACGCCAAGAAAUUGAUCGUAUGCAGCGCAUCAUCACCAGGGUUCGGAAUACUCUCACCGACCUCAAGCUGGCCAUUGAUGGCACCAUCAUCAUGUCUGAAGACUUAAGAGACGCUUUAGACAACAUGUACGAUGCUAGGAUACCCAAACUGUGGUAUAAAAUCUCAUGGGAAUCGGCCACUUUGGGUUUCUGGUUCACGGAGCUCCUGGAGAGAAACCAACAGUUCCACACCUGGCUGUUUGAAGGGCGACCCAACCAGUUCUGGAUGACGGGAUUCUUUAACCCACAGGGUUUCCUGACAGCAAUGCAUCAAGAGACAACUCGAAUGAACAUAUCCAAAGGCUGGGCCCUGGACAGCGUCAUCCUCUACAAUGACGUGACCAGGAUGAUGAAGGAAGAUGUCACUGGACCUCCCCCGGCUGACAUCGGUGGCGUCUACAUCUAUGGACUCUUCUUGGAUGGGGCCGGCUGGGACAGAAGGAACACAAAGCUCAUGGAGUCGUCACCCAAGGUCCUGUUCACCUCCCUGCCGGUGGUUCACGUGUACGCCAUCAGCACCACAGCUCCAUCUGACCCCAAGAAGCAGCAAGGGAAUCUUUACUCGUGUCCCGUGUACAAGAAGCCCCGCCGCACCGAUCUGACGUACAUCUUCUCUUUGUAUUUGAAGACGACUCAGGCUGCCGACCACUGGACUCUUCGAGGGGUGGCCCUGCUGUGUGAUUCAAAAUAAAUUUUUGGGUUCUUUAUUCUAUUUAUGUUCACUUGAAGACCUGUACAGCUACUAUAUUUAAAAAGACACCGAUCAUGAGAAACUUUCAAAUCGGUAUAACAGUUUACCUUCGUUUUGGCCUCAAAUGGCGUCUCUCGCCCAGUUUUUUGAUCUCAUUAAGUGCAAAAGUGAACCAUUUCAUGGUGGGGCUGGUGGAUGUAGUAUGGAGCCCUGACAUUCAUCAAAUCCAUCAAAUGCAAACUUUUCGACAACGCCGAUCCUGCUUAAAGGAAACGGGACACUUGUCUGGGUGAUGAUGGCGCAGAAGGGCAACAAGCACUUCAGAUCCAAUUGGCUGUGGUUUGUCCUUCCUUCUGAAUUUCCCCACAGCUCAUACAGCCAGGGGUCUUGAGGGCCGCAGUGGCUCCACGUACCUGCGUCGAUAAACUAGAACAGAUUCAUUGGUGGUUAAAAACAAUACGCGUUUAGGGCUCAUUUUAGUUGUGAACAGUUCUACUCAGGUUUUGAGUGUUUCCUCCUUUCUCAAGCAGCCACCAGUUAACGAAAUACAAGUGAUAGGCAGGAACAACAAGCUGGCCCAAAUUUAAACCUUAAUGUGUGUGCAUCAUGAAGGGUCUGUGUUAACAUCAAGUUUAGAAAUAAAUGAGAGAGAGAGCAGGGGAUGCAGCAAAAGAACAGAUUUGUUCAACUCCACAGUACUUACGGGGAAAUAUAGAAAGAAAAGGAAAAUCCACCAAGUGAUGAAGAGAGAUUUGAUUUGGAAGAACAGCAGCGAGAUCCAUCCAUAUUCAGCAAUUCAGUCUCAAGUAUCAUUAUCGGCAAGGACUGCGUGGAAAUUAGGAAAUGGAAACCUGCGACCCUCCUAGACCGUGAUACAGGACCCCUGUAUUUUGACAAUAUAGUCGUCAUAAGAGGAUUCAGUUUGUUACGUUUCCUUUCUGAAAUUGUGAUGGGUGAUUUGCGAAUGAUUCGUUCUUUUUGAAUUACUCUUUAAAGGCAAGACAUGUGAACCAAUUUGUGAGUAAGAGUGAAACAAUUCAAAAGAAUGCAAUUGGAGCAUUUGCAUCAUGCCGUCAACGUCUUUCAUUUUGUUUUAGAUGUUUAAGAUGCUUGUGUAAGGACCACCCAUCUGCUUUAUGGCUCUCUUUCGAGGUCAAACUGAAUCAUUAGUAGUCAGUGAGCGCUCUCACGCAUGACUCCGUUGUUCAUCACAAUACAGCAACAAACACAUUUAUAUCAGCGUGUGUCCGUUGUUGUUGUACUCAUUUGAUUUACAAAUGAAUCAUUACCUGAAAACGAGGCUCACGAUUCUGAUACGAGUGACUGAAUAAUUACCCGAGAAUGAGUUUCACAAUUCUCAUUCAUUUACUUUGUGAAUGAUUCAUUCCCCGACAAUGAGUGUCAUGAUUCUCGUUCAGUUAAAUCAUGAAUGAAGCAUUACCCAAGAAAGAGGCUCACACUUCUCAUUCACUUGAUUUGCAAAUGAAUUCCUCGACAAUGAGUGUCAUGAUUCACGUUCAGUUAAAUCAUGAAUGAAUCGUUACCCGAGAACAAGUCUCACAUUCCUCGUUCAUUUGAUGGUUGAGUGAAUUUUUAACUAAUUGAUUUAUGCCCCUUUGGCCAUUGAAAAAAUAAAUCAUGCACAAUUAAACUGUAUCAAACUAUUUUAAUUUGUAACAAUUUUACUUUAACACACUUUUUUGUUUUAAUGGCUCAUUGACUGCACUAGCCUUUGUCAUUCGCCGUUUCUUUCAAGUGUGAGCUGAAUGAUUACCUGAAAAUGAGUCUGACAAUUCUCACUCAUUUGAGUUGCAAAUUAAUCAUUACCUGUAAACGAAUGUUGAUUCGUGAUCAUUUAAUUUGUUAAUGAAUCAUUACCCAAAAACAAGUCAGAUGAUUCUCAUUC